GAAAUUAUGUCGUAUGUAGGUAGUAGAUGCCUAUACUUAGCUCAUAUCUACCAACAGACAAGGAAGCAUCCAAAUAAGUUCGUCAGCCCUCAGUACCACACUCGACCCGUGAGAAAAUGGUCAGCUGUCAACGAACCUGAUAAGACCAUAUCAGCGUCUGCAUUGCGACUGAAUGCACUUCAGUAGACUGCUGGCCUCGCAUUGCUUUACCAGGAGCGAAAUCGCGGAAGAAGUAUCAGGCGCCAGUUCAAGCUACUCCGCAAAUAGACGUAAAUGGGAAAGAUGGCCCUAUAUGGGAUGCUGCGCCUGCUCUUCGUCAUAGGCGCCGCCCGUGCCACGUCCUUCAUCUCCGUCCCGAGUGACGUCACCCUGUCACGUGACGAGACGGCCCAGCUGACCUGCGAGCUGGACGAGCCGGUCACGUGCGCCUGGCGGCUGGAGGGGACGGCGCUCAACAGCAGCGGCUUCCUGAACACGCUGCCGCCGCCGCUGGUGGAGGCAUCGUCACCUCUGCACCCGACCGACUGCAGCGUGACCCUGACCCACCCGGACGAAGACUACACGGGCAGAUACCAGUGCGCGCCCUACACGAGCGACGGCGCGCAGAUCCUCAGCGGAUGGGCGGCUGUCCAUGUCGAGUCGAGUGACGUAUUCACGUGCCCGGAGGAGAGCGGCACCUACCUCGACGAGUACGACUGCCGCUACUUCUAUGUCUGCAUCGGCGGGACCCCUGUGCACGAGAUGUGUCCCGACCCGCUGGUCUUCAACCCGAGCCUCCUCAACUGCGAUUACGUGGAAGACGUGCCCGAAUGCCAGUGAUGACACUAUGGAAGAUCGUCUGAGCUAAAAGACAUGGAGAUCGAAAUUAAACGGCGCUCUUCUUUGUAACUGGCUAUGUGUAAUAAACAUUUCUCGCCG